AUGCCGCUGGACGCACUUCGUGGUUGGCUGACUGCUGUAGCCUGUGGUCUUCUGUUUCUCCUCCAUGUGCAUGGUGAAGACUCAGCCAGCCCCAUCAGGACCACGCAUACAGGACAGGUUCAGGGCAGUCUUGUCCACUUGAAUGACACCGGAGUGGGUGUCCACACUUUCCUGGGAAUUCCUUUUGCCAAGCCUCCUCUAGGCCAGCUGAGGUUUGCACCCCCUCAACCUCCUGAACCAUGGAGUGGCGUGAGGAGUGGGACCACCUACCCACCCAGGUGUCUACAAAAUUCUGAAACUGUGAGUUCAGAGAGUCUGGAGAUGAUGAAACUGAGCGUGCCUCCCAUCUCCACUUCUGAGGACUGCCUGUAUCUCAACAUCUACACACCAGCCCAUGCCCACGAGGGCUCUAACCUGCCUGUGAUGGUAUGGAUCCAUGGUGGUGCACUGGUUAUGGGCAUGGCUUCCAUUCAUGAUGCAUCCAUGCUGGCAGCCAUUGAAGAUGUGGUGGUGGUCACUAUCCAGUACCGCCUGGGUAUCCUGGGCUUCUUCAGCUCUGGAGAUGAGCACGCCAGAGGCAACUGGGGAUAUCUGGACCAAGUGGCCUCCCUACGCUGGGUUCAGCAGAACAUCGCCCACUUUGGAGGCAACCCUGACCAUGUCACCAUUUUUGGCCAGUCUGCAGGUGGCACAAGUGUGUCUUCACAUGUUGUGUCCCCCAUGUCCCAGGGCCUCUUCCACGGUGCCAUCAUGGAGAGUGGGGUGGCCCUGCUGCCUGACCUUAUCUCCAACACCUCUAAGGUGGUCUACACAACGGUGGCCAUAUUAUCUGGUUGUGAGACCAUGGACUCAGAGACCCUGGUGCGCUGUCUGAGAAGCAAGAGUGAAGAGGAGAUUCUGGCUAUUAAUGAGGUCUUCAAGAUCAUCCCUGCUGUGGUGGAUGGAGAGUUCCUACCCAAGCAUCCUCAGGAGCUGCUGGCCUCCGCUGAUUUUCACCCUGUCCCCAGCAUCAUUGGUGUCAACAAUGAUGAAUAUGGUUGGCUUCUCCCCAUGAUUCUGGGCUCUGAUCAGACUAUAAACAAAAUAACCAGAGAAACCCUGCAGGCUGUUCUGAAGAAUACAACAACACAAAUGAUGCUACCUCCUGAGUGUGGUGACCUGCUAAUGGAAGAGUACAUGGGGGACACUGAGGACCCAGAGACUCUCCAAGCACAGUUCAGAGAGAUGAUGGGAGACUUCAUGUUCAUUAUCCCUGCACUCCAAGUAGCACAUUUUCAGAGCUCCCAUGCCCCUGUCUACUUUUAUGAGUUCCGUCAUGAAGCCAACUACCUCAAAGAUGUCAGACCACCCCAUGUGAAAGCUGACCAUGGAGAUGAAGUUCCCUUUGUCUUUGGAAACUCCUUCUGGGGCAUGAAACUUGACCUCACUGGGGAGGAGAAACUGCUGAGCAGGAGGAUGAUGAAGUACUGGGCCAACUUUGCACGACAUGGGAACCCCAACAGCAAGGGUCUACCCCACUGGCCCAUGUUUGACCAUAAUGAGCAGUAUCUGAAGCUGGACACCCAGCCUGCUGUGGGCCGAGCCCUGAAGUCCAGAAGGCUGCAGUUCUGGACCAAGAUUCUGCCCCAGAAGAUCCAGGAGCUAAAGGGAUCUCAGGAAAAUCACAAAGAGCUGUAGUGUCCUGUGAGAGAAAUGGUGUGUAGAACUGGGGAGACUUGGGGUCAGCCUAACGUUAUUAAAGCCCAUUCGGAAUCCUGUUAGAGUCUAAUAAUAACAUAAUCAUCCCUAACCUCUAAAGUUGUCCAUUUGGCCAACACAUAUGACAAACUGUUGGUGUGUCACUAAUUACGCAACAUGUCUGGACACUUGUUCUGAGACCCACUCAGUAAAUGUCCCAUGAUUGUAUAGAUGUGUGAUCCCCUAAGUGUCCCAGUCUUCUUUCACAUUCCACUGGGACAAGGCUCCCUCCUUCCUUUCCUCAUCUCUCAUCCUUUCCUUAUCUCCAAGCCCCAGAUCCUCUUCAAAUAAAACAGAAGCUUUGGAAAUAUUAACUACAUGGGGGUGGGCUGUGUGAAAAUCCCACGUUCUCUCUCAGCAAGGUUCGUGUCUUUCUUAUCUGCA